AACCUCGCCUUUUCUGGGCCCCUUCACCUGCUCUCGGCCUCCCCGACAGCCCCGGGCAGCCUGGAGCCUGAACCCGGGCCGCUGGAGCCCCCCUGGAUGUCCGGCCCACGGUACCAUAAGCAAUUCUUCCUAAGGAGAUGUCGAUUCCAUUCUCCAACACCCACUACCGAAUUCCACAAGGAUUUGGGAAUCUUCUUGAAGGGCUGACCCGAGAGAUUCUGAGGGAGCAACCUGAAAAUAUACCAGCUUUUGCAGCAGCAUAUUUUGAGAACCUUCUAGAGAAAAGAGAGAAAACCAACUUUGAUCCAGCAGAAUGGGGGGCUAAGUUAGACGACCGCUUCUAUAACAACCAUGCAUUCAAGGACCAAGAACAACCUGUGAAAUGUGACCUUGUCCAGGAAAUGUCCUCAACAUCCGAGAAAAAGGAAGAUGAAAGGGCUACCGCCUUAGCGUCUCCUGAGGAAGAAGAAGAAGAAAAAGAAAAAGAAGAGAAUGCUGCUGUCAAAAUCCAGUCAGUUUUCCGAGGACACAUGGCCAGAGAAGAGAUGAAGAAAAUGAAAGAUAAACAGGAGAACGGAGAGGAGACCAAGUGAGGACUCUGGUCUUACCCUCAGAAAACAUGAAAAAAAAAAAAAAAACAAUCCAAAUUCAUCAACCUUGUUGUGAUUGUCGUUUUUUAAUUCAGUCAGGGAGAUUCGAUGUUGUAACAUUUACUGGUGUUAUGAAAACUCUGUCAUUAGCAUUUAUUAAAUAAUAAACCUGCCAUUGAAACAUAA